ACUUUUUUUUGUUUUUCUUGCCUUCUUUCGUUUUCUUUGUUCCUUUUGUUAUUCCCGAGUUCUUUGAUUCAGCUUCACUUUGAGGGGUUGUUCUGGACACGAUGAGCGAAGUCGUUGCAGAGCGCGCCGCUCAGGCAAUGGCGAUCGACGAAGACACUGCUGCGGCUUCCUUCUCGGAGAGCGACGCUGACGACGACGACACAGAAGACGACCCCGUCGGCGACAAGCGCAAGAAGGACCUGCUGCUCGAGAACAUGGCGCGCAUCGAGCGCGAGUUUGCCGACCUGCGUGAUCGCUUGUACCAAGAAAAGCUCGGCCAGCUGAACAAGGAGCUCGAAUUGCUCAACAGCGACGAACAUCCUGAUUUUCAAAAGCAGGCCGCCAUGCUGGAGCGUAAAAAGACAGACCGCUUGACCACAAUUGAGCUGUACCGAAAACUGCAAUUAGAAAACAUUCAGCACCAGCACGCCUUCGAAAAGCGGGAAAUCGAGAACGAGUAUCAGACCAAACGCGGUGAAAUCCGAGAUGACAUUCUGGGAUCGCUGCAAGACAAACGCAAGAAACUCGAAGAAGACAAGAACGCCAUGGACUUGGCAAGCGAGCUAGAAACACGCGCCAUGGCCACACGCAAGCUGCGACGACGCGUCGAGGCGGUCAAGGAGCCCGGCGUGACCCAGAUUGAAAAGAAGCGCAAGAAUGCCACAGCUACUGGACCCCCGAUCGUGCACCUGCUCGACGACGGCGAAAUCAACGACGAUUUGAACGCCAUUCGACGAGUGACCCAGAAAAACCAUGCAGGCGGCAAUCCCGGCGCCCUUCCUCCCGGCAUGGCUGGACCACCGACUGUGAUGGGUCAGCAGCACCCUGGGAUGAUGUUCAUGGGCUAUCCACCCGGUGGGAUGGGCAUGCCGAUGGGCGCUCAUCCAGGCAUGCCGAUGGGAAUGCCAGGUGCUGGCCCUGGCGGCGUGGGAGGCGCUGUUUUGCCUCCGGGUGUGGGUGUUCCCGUUGGUGCCCCACCCGGCAUGGGCUAUGGCAUGAACCCGGCACAAGCUAUGCCGCCUGCCGGUAUGAUGGGUGGCCGACGAAAGGAUGGUGCGUUUGGGCCUGGCUCAAAGCAAGGCGAGGUGGAGGUCUAUGUCGCCAACAAUCAGCUCGUGGUCAACGAAGAGCCGUUCGAGAAAGGGCAAGUCAUCUGGGUCGAUCCUCGGGAUAAUACCGAAGUAUACUCUGGUGUGAUUGCAAGCAUUACUCAACAAGAGAUCUGGGUGCGUCGUCCCGAUAAUACCAAGUCAAAAAUUUAUUUGAAUCUGCUUCGGACAGGGCGCUGCGCCAUUCAGCGUGGUUGAUCUGUCACCGUGUGUCUGCAGUUUUUUGUUUUUGUCGUUGCUCUACGCUUGGUUGAAACUUGUGGGUUGAUGUUGUGGCCAAUUAAAGUACUGCACUUCCCCAGACA